AUGAUUAUAUUGUCCGAAGUUUGUCAACCAACUGAUGGUGUGAGGCUGACGCAACCCCAAGUCGUGGCAUACAUGGAAAGUGAGAGUGUUGGUGAAGGAACGCUUUGUGUUGCUGAGAGCCAGGUCACGUGGAUUUGUCGUACGUCGGGUCUGGGUUUCUCUCUGACAUAUCCGUCAAUCAUUCUCCAUGCUAUAUCUACUGAUCUCAGCACAUUUCCUCACGAAUGUGUUUAUAUUGUUGUGGAUGCAUCGAAAAGCGGCAAGUUUUUUCUUCGGUUUGUUUAUUCGUCUUUUUCAGUGCAGCAGAUAUACAAUGAGAUGUGCGUUUGUCAAGAACUCAACCCUGAUGAAAAUGAUGACUUUUCAGGUAGAAACGUAGCUCUUUUUCAAUACCACUCUUUGUGA